CCCCAGUUCGCCGCCGCGGUCCAGCCCUCGUCAGACGCUUCGUGGAGGUGAACGCGGUCACAGUUACCGGACUUAUCAUUUAGCUCUUUGUUGCAGCGGCCGUCCAGACUGAUUUCCCUCCUCUUCAUUUCACAAUCCUUCCCUCCACCUUGAACUCUCUCCCUUCCACAGUCAGACCUCUCCGCACACAGAGCCAUGGCAGCUGCUAAGCCGAAGGGGCAGAACUCUCUAGCCCUCCACAAAGUGAUUAUGGUGGGAAGCGGAGGAGUGGGGAAAUCAGCCCUAACCCUCCAGUUCAUGUAUGAUGAGUUUGUUGAAGACUACGAGCCGACCAAAGCCGACAGUUACAGGAAGAAAGUGGUGCUGGACGGAGAGGAGGUUCAGAUUGACAUCCUUGACACCGCUGGACAAGAGGAUUACGCAGCCAUCAGGGAUAACUACUUCCGCAGCGGCGAGGGUUUCCUCUGUGUAUUUUCCAUCACAGAACUGGAAUCAUUCGCAGCAACAGUAGAUUUCAGAGAGCAGAUUCUGCGAGUGAAAGAGGACGAGAACGUGCCCUUUCUCCUGGUUGGUAACAAAUCCGACUUGGAUGACCGACGGCAGGUUAGCGCCGACGAGGCGAAGGCACGUGCCGAGCAGUGGGGCGUGUGCUACGUGGAGACUUCUGCCAAAACCCGUGCCAAUGUUGACAAGGUGUUCUUUGACCUGAUGAGAGAGAUCCGGGCAAGGAAAAUGGAGGACAGCAAAGAGAAGAACGGGAAGAAGAAAAGUAAAAGUUUGGCCAAGAGAAUUCGAGAGAGAUGCUGUAUUUUAUAGUGGCAACAGAGAGCAGGGUCACUGCUUGUGUACAUACACAUUUCUCAGACUUUUACAUUUACUUUGUGCCCAUACCUGACCAUGACUUUCUGUUCCUGGCUAACAGGACAUCUGACCGUGUGUCAGGGAGUAGUAAGGUGGCACGUCAUACACCACUUAUAGCUCUAACUUUUUAUGUGCUGACACUCCAAAUAACUUAUGUACUCUCUCUCUCUUACUCUGACCGCAUAACAGAGUGUUAUAAAUGGAUGGUGUUUUAAUUUAGCUCUACGUUUGACAGGAGGCUCGGCCCUGGAAUGUUACACAAUCUUUCAUUGUAAAGUUUGAUGUGUGAUAUAUAUUCAGACAGCUGUGCAGUGCGGGUUCAAGUGGAAAGAUUAAAUUAAAAGUGUCAGAGCUGAGGUUUAAAUGAGGGGGAAAUAUAACUAGAGUUGUACUGGAAAGUCCCACUUCAUAUGGGUCCACAGUCUUUGGUAGGAAGUGUGAACCCAAGUUCAAGUGCCACUUAGGAAAUGUACAUUGCACUGGGAAAUCCUGGAAGCAUUUUAAUUGAAAGAUCAUUUCUGAAAUUUGAUGCCGUUCCCAUUUGUGGUUUUCACACUUCAGUUUUACUCUGUGGUUUAGUUGCCAACACUUAUUUUUUUUAAGUCAAAGUUUUUCUUUCUUAUCAACCAAUGUAAGACAAGCGCACUAAGUUUGCCUUCUUCCCCCCCUCCAGUCACUUUGAGUCUUAUCAAAAUGCACAAACGUCAUUGAUCGUAACCCUUCAAUCUCUGAGGGAUUUUACAACACUUGAAAUUUCUUCAAUUCUAACAUUUCAAAAUGUUUUACCUCACGUGGCUAAUGGCUUUCAUUGCCUUUCUUUGCAUUUACGGAAUCCCUGGUGCUCAUAUAAACUGUGAUUCCAUAACACUACAUCCUUUAACAUACUGUCUUCAACACAUGUUAAGAUUUAUUUUUCCAGCAUCCUUGCUCCGGCUUCUAAUUCCCUGCAUGUUCAUCUAAAUGUAUUUAUUGUAAUUGGGACUAAAGUGGGAAUAAAUUGAUGUCAAAACAGAAUGCAGGCUUGAUGGAAGGAAAGUGGUACAUGUCCUUUCAGUCACCAAAGAAAUACGCUCCAUAGUACAAACAAGUGCCCACUUUUUAAUUGAAGCGAAUGACAGCUUGCAGUGUUUCUGCAAAAAAAAAAAAAACAUCUUUGAGAAUCAGACAGGCAAAGGUUAAAGGCGUUUCAGUGGAAGUGGCCGAGGAGAGAAAUUUGAGGUUGCGAGGGCUUUAGUAAUUUAUGUACAGUGCAUCACUGUUGCCUCUGUCCAUAGUGAAUGUGAAUAAUCCCAACAUGCUCAUCCUGUCUGCCUGUAAAUCUUAGGCUGCCGAUGAUGUGCGGAGUUCAUCGAAGCUCUGUUUUGUUUACCUUUUGCUAGAUUUUGUGCAAGUCUCCACCGUGUUACAAUGCUGUUGUGACAUCUUAGUGAGCUACCUGAUGUUCAUGCUCGUAUAGAAGAAGGUGAAGAUGAAUGCAGUGUGAGAAUUGCCCAAAUGAGAACAAGAUGUAGGUUUUUACAUUUAAAUGACAGAGACCAAAUCACACCAUGAAAUCUGCCCCUUAAUUUGCUUUUAUUACUGAGCCAUGCUUUGUUUUCUUCUGACUUAUUUAAAGUAACUUAUUUUACUCUUUUCAAUACUUUAUGAAGUCCAACCACUUUUGCGAUUUUUAUUUCCCUCCGCAUUUCACUCUGAUCCAUUUCAGGGUCAUUAACGCAAGAGUAGAAUGUGUGUUUUUUGUGUGUGUGUGUUCAUAGCCGGCAGCAAGAGCUGUACUUUUUCAUUUAAUGACUUUGGCAACCAGUAGGAGGCCCAACACUAGUGUCUAUGCAAACAAAUAUUGUUGACAUUUCAAAGUGGAUAAAGAGAAGAUCGUUGUCUGCAAACUGCUUUUAGUGAGACUGGGUGCAGUAAAAGCACUUGAAUGCUGUUAGGUGUGACCACAGCUUAGAAGUUGAAUGGCUCUCGGUAGAGCUGCACUAAACUGCACACACUCAUGCAUAUCAGGCCCCUAAAUACACCUGAUCUCACAAUGUUCAAUAUGGAUCUGCCCCCAAAAUGUUCUGAAUCCUUUUUGACCCACGUUCCAUCCCCUUCAUUGCGUUUUAUAGAAAUCUGGACAGUUGUGUAAUCCUGCUGACGAACAAACCCGACAAACAGGGUUGUGACGCGUGCAGACGAAUGUGAAGCAGAAAACUGUUUCAAAUGAUUUCCUGAGGUAAUAGUUGAACACUAAAGAGUCUAACGCUAAAGAUUGAAGGCUUUGUUUUUAUAAUAUAUGUGUGUGUUAGUUGUAUAAAAAGAUAGAGAUGCGCAGGAAUGUCUGUGGGGUUUCAUACUUAUUGAAAAGCACAUCGUUGAAAGGGUUUUAGAGGGUGAGACUGGAUACGUGAGACCAACUUGAGCCCAAAAUAUCAGGAACCCGUGGCACCAGAAUGUUUGGAAAGUUGUUUAAGAUAUUGUAAGGGCUAACCUCCAGUACACGUGACUGAAACACCCCUGAUAGUUAAUGUAACAGGCACAAAAAACAAAUACACAAUGUCAGCAUCACAGCCUGUUGUGACGUUCCUUCCUGAGCUUCCAUUACAUCUAAGUGCUGUGUGUCUACAUCGUUAAGAAGCUACUUUACUCAAAGUAACCACCAUAGUGCUCGCUUACUCCAACAUCGGCUUUAACCGCAUCUCAUCAUCCGUUUUAUUGCUUUUCUCCAAAAGCAAACAUGAUCGAUCAUUCUUCUUUAUUCUUUUCUCUUCAUGAAUACUUUAAUAGACUUGAUGGCCCAAAUAUUUUCAACUUGAUCCUGAAACAGAUGUUUGUGCGAAAGCUACAAGCAGAUUGGUCGACCGGGUAUUCAAACAACUUGUUUUUGCCUUUUUAUAUAAAUGCCCUUGGAGUUAAAAAUAAAUGGAUAUCUAUGUAUUUUUGAUUGGAUGGUUGUUCGUAUGCCAUCGGUGAAAUGUUUCCUUCAUGUUUACUUAUUUUAAACAUAACCACUAAUGUAGCCUAUCUGUUCGUGAAUGCAAGAGGUGAUGCUUACAUUUCAAUUCAGUUUUUGUGAGUUAUUUGGAAAUGGCAAAUAAAGUGGAUAUUACUAAUAA